AUGCUUCUCUCUGUCCUUCUUAUCCUGGGCCUCACCCUGGUGCCCAGCUACUCCGAACCUACAAGGGAAACACUUGGCAGUCCUUUUCUUCAGCAAUGCUUUGAAGAAGCAAAGAAAAUAGUAGAUGAUGCAUACACGUACUCCAGAGAAGAGAGCCUAAGACUUGUCCGCAGGGAUGUGGUGCAGCCUCAUGAUGCUCUUCGUCUCCUGAAGCAGCCCCGUGGUGACACUCGUUCAGCAGUGCGUUCUGCCGACUACAUGGCACAGACUCUCCGUUUGGUCCAGGAGAAAGUGCAUCAUAUGCACAAGCGCUCCCUCAAUGCAACAGAUUUGCUCACUGACCAAGACAUUAUAGAUCUUGCAAGGAUAACUGGAUGUGAAGCCCGAAUCAGGAAUCCAUCUUGUCACAACAAACCAAAUAUCAACAAGUAUCGUACAGCGACUGGCGUCUGCAACAACCUAAAAAACUCUCGCCUUGGAGCCGCCAACACUCCAUUCACCCGCUGGUUGCCCCCUCAGUACGACGACUACAUCUCCCAACCAAAAGGAUGGAACAGAAAACGCAAAUUCAACAACUUCUUGCUCCCAUUGGUGCGACAGGUGUCCAACAACAUCCUGAGGACAACAGAUGCAGGAGUUGUCAAUGACACGGAGUACUCUCACAUGGUGACCUUGUUCGGUCAGUGGAACGAUCAUGACAUCAUCUUCACACCGACCUCACCCAGCAUCCGCUCCUUUAGCAACGGGCUGAACUGUGAUGAGAGUUGCGAGCACAGUGAACCUUGCAACCCUAUCUCGAUCCCUCCUGGAGACCCCCGCAUCCCCUCCCGCCCAGACACCUGUCUCCCGUUCUUUAGAUCCGCCCCUGCCUGUGGAACAGGUUACUCUGCAUAUAAUUUUGGUGGAAAAGCCAACCAGAGGCAGCAGAUGAAUGCGCUGACGGCCUUUCUGGAUCUGGGGCAGGUGUAUGGCUCCGAUGAAAAGCUUGCUCUGUUCCUUCGCGACUUCACGGGUGAUGCUGGCCUGCUGCGGGUUAACACCGAAUUCAAGGACUAUGGCCGUGAGCUGCUGCCCUUCCACUCCCUGGAUGUACAAGUCUGCGCCACUCGCAGAAGAAUCACCCACGAUUCCAACGCCAGGGAGGUGCCCUGUUUUAUCGCAGGUGAUGGCCGCUUAAAUGAAAACCUUGGCCUGAUAUCCGUCCACACCCUGUUCAUGCGUGAACACAACCGUUUGGCUCGUCAGCUGAAGAGGCUGAACCCACACUGGGACAGUGAGACACUCUACCAAGAGGCCCGCAAGAUCAUGGGUGCUUACACCCAGCUGUUUGUCUUCAGGGACCAUCUGCCUCACAUCGUGGGUCCUGCUGCAAUGCGCCACAAGCUUGGACGUUACCCCGGCUACAACCCCAAUGUUGACCCCAGCAUUUCUAAUGUGUUUGCGACAGCCGCUUACCGUUUUGGUCACCUAACAGUCCAGCCAUUGUCAUUCCGACUGGAUGCAAACUACAGAGAGCACCCUCUGUUCCCCAGUGUCCCCUUGUACAAGGCCUUCUUCACUCCGUGGAGAGUGAUCUUUGAAGGUGGAGUCGACCCUUUGCUGCGUGGUCUGUUAGGUGGUCCUGCUAAACUGGCCACCCAGAACCACAUGAUGGUGGAUGCUCUGAGGGAGAGGUUGUUCCAGUUUGUCCGGAAGCUGGCUCUGGACCUGGGUUCUCUGGACAUGCAGAGGGGUCGGGAUCAUGGCCUGCCUGGCUACAAUGCAUGGCGCAGGUUCUGUGGUUUGUCCCAGCCCCGCAACCAGGUUCAGCUGGCUCGGGUUUUGAGGAAUACUGAACUGGCUCGUAAGCUACUGCAGCUCUACGGGACGCCUGAAAACAUUGAUGUGUGGCUUGGAGGCGUUUCAGAGCCAUUUGUGCCCGGCGGCCGUGUGGGGCCUCUGUUUGCCUGUCUCAUUGCAACUCAGUUCAAGAAGAUCCGUGAAGGUGACAGGUUGUGGUGGCAGAACCCCGGCGUUUUUACAGCAAAGCAAAGGGAGGCUUUGUCUGCUGUUACGCUCUCCAGAGUCAUCUGUGACAACACGGGCAUCACUGCUGUGCCUCCUGAUGCCUUCAGGCUCAUCUCAAACAGAAACCGUGUGGUGCAGUGCUCCACUCUGCCUCGUCUGGACCUGUCGGCAUGGAGAGAGAGACCCUGUGGCCAUGCUGAUUUGGCUUUUACCUUUUACCCCGACACAUCUACAGCAGUGCCUCCUCAGGCCCAACAACAUGCGUUUCAGGGACACCCAACCCAUGGUUCGUCGACCUCCAGGGUCCGGGGACCCCAGUUUGAGGGCCACUGCCUUAGGAAACAAUGA